AUGGCGGCGCCCAGCGGCAGUGUAUUUCAGCUGGGUCGGUCUUCCAGCUCAAAAUUAGGCGUUGUUUAUGAUACCCAUGGUCGAGAAGUGGAGGUUGAAACAAGGGAAGAUGAGGAGCAAAAUAUUAAAUUACAGGAGACGAUUGAACUCCUUCUGGCUGCUGGGUACUUCAGAGCGCGCAUCAAGGGUCUCACUCCAUUUGACAAGGUUGUUGGUGGUAUGACGUGGUGCAUCACAACCUGUAACUUUGACAUCGAUGUAGACCUCCUCUUCCAAGAAAAUUCCACAAUCGGACAAAAAAUCGCUUUAACGGAGAAGAUCGUAGCCGUCCUUCCAAGAAUGAAAUGUCCCCACCGCAUCGAGCCUCACCAGAUCCAGGGGCUGGACUUCAUCCAUAUCUACCCGGUGGUCCAGUGGCUUGUCAAACGUGCCAUCGAGACUAGGGAAGAAAUGGGCGAUCUGAUCCGAGCAUUCUCCAUCUCGCAAUUUAACAAACAUCAUCAGACACCAGAGGAUGUUGAGUUUGAGUCGAGAAAGGAUAAAUCAGUUGGCACCAUCAGCAACGUGAAGGAUGUCUACAAACCACAGAGGAGGUAUCGUCGACAAGAUGCCCACCGACUCAGAGACGAGGAGCUUAAAGUUCAGUCCACUCUUCUGGAAUACGGAAGGCGUUAUGGCAUGAGCCGGACGUCCAAAUCAGAGAAGGAGGCAGAACAAGAAGCUAAGAAGAAGGCCCUAGCAGCAGGUUUGACGGCUGCCAACAAGCCUCGUUCGGACUCCAUGGACUCUGAAGAAUCCCAAGCACAAGAAGAGAAGAAAAUCCAGGCUCUCAUGAAGGGCUUAUCCAUCACGGAAGAGGGUAAAGUGACGGCCAGUACUGUUGGUUCCAUCGUCGGUCUCCAGUCGGAAGAGAUUGAACAAAUAGCAGCCGAGUACGCAGAUAAGAAAUCUGAGCUCCAAAUGGACGACAAGCCGGAGAGAAUGAGCGGUGCACAGCAGCAUCAGAGAAUAGUCGCAUCACUCAACAAGCAGAUAACCAAUCAGGAGAAGAAGCUGACGGAGUUGAACUCUCGUCAUUCCGAGCUGAAAGAAACUCACACGGAAACUCAGAGCAAACUAGAAGUCGUCCAAGAACACUCAAAGAAGAUCAAUGAAGAAAUGGAGGAGCUUGAGACCAUCGAGACGGAGGAGAACAAAAGUGUCUUGCAGAAACUCCGAUCCCUGGUUGCCAUGAAUGAAAACCUGAAGAAGCAGGAACAAGAGUUUAGAGCACACUGCAAGGAGGAAAUGUCACGACUCCAGCAGAGCAUCUCAGAGUUGAAGAACGAAGGGGGCGAGACGGAGCUGUCCGAAAGGGAUCAGAUGAUUCUGAAACGGUACGAAGCUGGCCAGGAAAAACUCCAGAAAUUCCGUCUCCUCUUGGCACGGAAGACGAGAGAAAUUGCAGCAUUGCAAAGGAAGAUUGAUGACGUUCCAUCCAGAGCAGAAUUAUCACAGUACCAGAGACGAUUCGUGGAGCUCUACAACCAAGUCGCCAACACACACAAGGAGACAAAGCAGUUCUACACUUUGUACAACACACUGGACGACACCAAACUCUACCUAGAGAAAGAGAUCACCCUACUCAACUCCAUCCAUGAUAACUUCGGACAGGCGAUGAAUUCUUCAGCCAAUAAGGACCAGUUCUUGAAACAGCUGGAGUUGAUUGUCGGCGGCGUCAAACAGAACAAAACAAAGGUGGAGAAAAAGAAGCAGGAGGAAAAGAUGAGGCGAGACCAGCUGAACGACAACUACCUAGAUCUGGUCGAGAAACAGAGACUGUACUUCAAGACUGUCCGAGAUUUCAAAGAGGAGUGCCGCAAGAACGAAAUCCUUCUCUCCAAGCUCUCUAAAUAGUUUACUGCCAACAUUUUUAUAUCAGCAUAUAUAAAAAAUCAAGAUAAGUAAUAGUAAUACCAAAAUUUUUACUAAAAUAACUUUGAUAAUCUAACAAUCAUGUUGUUUUUGUUUAAGAAAUUGUUAUAAAUGUACAAAUAUUAGUACAUACGAGUGCACUGUCGUAAAAUAUACUCACAGCGUGAAAUCUGGACUUUUUAAUUUCAUGAGGCGAAAUGGAAAAGCCAGAUCUCACUGAAUGUUUAUGAUUACACUCUGCGACUUUGCAUGAACAAAAUGCAUUCAAUAUUAGUUUUAUGUAUCUCACACACACAGAUCUGCUUGUCCUUUGAGAUUUGUUACAAUACCCCACACCAUCCCCAAAUGAAAACCCAAACAAACAACACAAAAAACUCAUCCACCCCACACUCUGUAAUUUCUGAAAAACCUUCUAAACAACGUAGACGACUACAAAUAGUCACCAACCUGGUCUGCUCUGACACCUGUCAAAUAUUAUAUUUUGAAGCCUUGCAGCAGUAUACAUUAUACGCAGCAUCCAAUAAUUAUUCAUAUUGGUCAGGCACCUCACCAAUUCAAAUUUUGGAGCAAUGCAGCAGUAUACAUACUUACAUGUGAAGUGUCCAACAAUUAUAUAUAUUGGGUGGGCACCUGUCCAAUAUUAAAUUUUGGGUCGCAUCAAUAAAUACAUAUGUGAAGCAUCCCAUAACUAUUCAUAUUGGGUGGGCAAAAUAACAGAUGACACAUGACCUGUGCUCCACCAAUCAAUUGUCAAGGAUCUGUGUGUGCGGUAUAUAAGUUCUUAUAGUUAUGUUGAUUCCUUUUUCUUGUGAGGGCAAAGACCCUUGAUGAGGAAAUUACAGAUUUGUACUAGAACAUUUUAAAGGGCACAAAAGCAAUGAAAAGCAGGGCAUGUAGGCAAUCAAUUUUCUCUGUAAAGUUUCAGGCCUAUAAUUAUUUGUAACUUUAUCUGUACCUAGCACGAACAUAUUCUUCCAACUAAAAUCUGAUUUGGGUUUUUUUCCUCCAAAACUGAUUCGGAAACUAGAAAUUGACUUUUAUCUGAAAUAAGAUUUGUUCCAAGUCUCCCUGGUUGCUGGUAAUAAAAAAAAAAGUUAUGCUCUUUGAUCUACUUCUCUAGCACUGAGGAUACUGGAAAAAAGCUCCUAGGAAUCCUAUAACUGCAGGGAUUGACAAAAGGUGAAAAUUCCUGCAAAUGCGAAUGCGAAGUGAAUUUGAUGUCACAACCCUUCUUUCGCAGCGAUAUUCGCAAGUGAGUCGAGC